AUGACAGACUACGCCUCCCUUAAGGUCGACGAGCUGAAGAAGCUGCUGUCCGACCGCGGCCUGCCACUGAGCGGCAAGAAGGCCGACCUUGUCUCGCGUCUGCAGGAGAACGACGCCGCCGCCAGCAAGCCCGAGGCGAAAAGCAACGAGGACGAGAUUGACUGGGACGACGAGAAGCCCGCGGAGCCCGCACCGGCAGCCGCCCCCCCAGCUGCCGCCGCCGCCAAAGACGCUCCCGCCGCAGCGGCACCUGCACCUGCGCCGGCGGCCGCUCCCGCUGCUGCUGCUACUACCGAAGAGACCGCCGCUGCCGCCGAAGAGCCGGUUACCGCGCCGGUUGCUUCGACCAUUGACAUUGACGAGGAGCUGCGCCGUCGCGAGGCACGCGCCAAGCGCUUCGGUAUCACCCCUGCCGCCGCCGACGAGACCAAGGCGGGCGAGGACGAGGACGAGGACGCCAAAAAGGCGGCGGCACGUGCUGCACGGUUUGGCAUCGACCCGGCCGCCGCUGCCAAAAACAAGGAGGUCGAAGAUGCCAGAAAGACGAUCCUGUCGAGCCUGGACACGGCGCUGCCUGACCGACCUCUGAAGCGCGGUCGUGGCGGCGGCGACGGCGACCGGAGAGACAAGAAACGGUCGACGCCCGACCGGCGCCACGGCGGCAACCGCAACGAUAACCGCAACAACAAUAAUAACAACAACAACAACCGCAAUCGCAACAUCGACCGGAGACACAACAACAGCAACGCCGGUGGCGGCAACCAGCGGGGCCAGAAGGGUCUCAACUUCCUUUCGGAUCCGGCGGAGAAGAAGAAGGCUGAGGAGCGCGCAAAGCGGUUCGGCUUAUAG